AUUUAUUCAAACACAAACUAAAAAACAAUAACAACAACACACGAAUAAGUUUAAACGGGCACGCGCAUUCUCUGACUUGCCCAGAUUCUUGAAGUCUCUGCAGUGAGAAGAGGAACACGGACAACAAACUUGUGGAAUCCAACCAUUCAUCCAUCUGAGAGUACAAAAAUGUUUUCAUGGAUCCUUCUCAUCCUCUCGCUGAAUUUAUGGUUCUGUGAGGCUGCACUAAUAAAUCAAGAAGCACCAUCUGUUAAUAUCGGUGACAACCCUGAGAUUGGAAAACUUCUGGGCAGAAUUAAAUAUGUUGCUCGAAGUUGCAAAGAAAUUCGUGACAAGUAUCAGGUUCAUGAUGAUGGCCUGUACUAUCUGAUCUCUUCAAGCGGAGUCCUCUACCAGACGUUCUGUGAUAUGACCACUGCGGGUGGCGGCUGGACGCUCGUGGCCAGCGUUCAUGAAAACAACAUGUAUGGAAAGUGUACUGUUGGUGAUCGCUGGUCUAGUGAGCAGGGCAGCAACGAAAAACGUCCUAGUGGUGAAGGGACAUGGGAGAACAGAGUCACAUUUGGAACUGUAGAGGCCGCUACAAGUGAUGAUUAUAAGAAUCCUGGAUACUUUGACAUUGCGGCACAGGAUGUGUCUGUGUGGCAUGUUCCUAAUAAUAUGGAGUUGGAACACUGGACCGCUGCCUCCAUCCUGAGAUACCACACUGAAAAUCACUUCUUAACUCUCCAUGGAGGAAACCUUUUCAAAUUAUUUACGAAAUUCCCUGUGAGGUUUGGAAUCGGCACAUGCCUCAUUGAUAAUGGACCUGUUAUUCCAAUCGUGUAUGAUACUGGAAGUGCAGAUUCUACCAAAAAUCUAUAUGGACCUAAUUCAAGAUCAAUAUUUGAGCCUGGAUUCAUCGCAUUCAGAGUUUUCAAUACUGAAAAGGCAGCCAUGGCUAUUUGUUCGGGCGUUAAACCAACCGCUUGUCACACUGAACAUUUCUGUAUUGGUGGAGGAGGACACUUUCCUGAGGGAUUCCCUGUACAGUGUGGGGACUUUACGAGUUUCGACUGGAAUGGCUAUGGUACUAAUGCAGAAUGGAGUGCAUCCAAAGAGAUAACUGAAGCUGCUGUACUACUUUUUUAUCGCUGACACUCUGAUGAAUCUAAAAUGACCAGCCUCCUUUCCUUCCGUCAGAGAUAUACACAAUUAUUUACUAAAAUGUACCUUUACAAUAUAUAUCUUAUAUAUUGGGCUAUAAUCUAAGAAUGUGUAUGGUGUUUGUAAUUCAAUUCAAUUCAAUUCACAUUUAUUUGUGUAGCGCUUUUCACGAUACAUAUCAUUUCAAAGCAGCUUUACAGAGAAUGCAUGUCAGCAUGCAUGUCAGAAUGCAUGUUUGUAACUGGUGCAUAUCUAAUUUACUUUUAACAUCUAAAUUGACUAAAUUGACUUUUUUUCCAACUGUUCACAAAUGGAAACAAAUGUAUAAAGUUCAAAUAAAACCAAUAUGUUGCAAA